GGCUCGGUUCGGUUGCUCGGCGGGGCUCGGCUGCACGGCCGCGGACGGGCGUGCGCUGGGGGGGGGCGCGGGGCGCGGGCCUCGGAGGUGGCGGCGGAAGCCUGGUGCCCCCGCCCGCCGGGUCCUCUCAGAGAGGCAGAGCGGCAUUCCCGCGGCCCGGCCUCGUACGGGUGCGGCGUGGGGGGCGGCGGGGGCGCGGAGCAGCGCGGCCCGCCCGGGGGCGCCGCGGGCCGGGUCAGCGCGGACGGCGCUCGGCGGACUCGGGCGCACUGCUGGCCGGCCCCUCCCUGCCCGCGCGCCCGGGCGCCCACUCGCCGGCGCGGGGCCCGGGAGCGAUGACAUCGACGGGGAAGGACGGCGGCGGGGCGCAGCACGCGCAGUAUGUGGGGCCCUACCGGCUGGAGAAGACGCUGGGCAAGGGGCAGACAGGCUUGGUGAAGCUGGGAAUCCACUGUGUCACUUGCCAGAAGGUCGCCAUCAAAAUCGUGAACCGUGAGAAGCUCAGUGAGUCGGUGCUGAUGAAGGUGGAGCGAGAGAUUGCCAUCUUGAAGCUCAUCGAGCAUCCACAUGUACUGAAGCUGCAUGACGUCUAUGAAAACAAAAAAUAUUUAUACCUGGUGCUAGAACAUGUGUCUGGGGGAGAGCUGUUCGACUACCUGGUGAAGAAGGGCCGGCUGACCCCCAAGGAGGCCCGCAAGUUCUUCCGGCAGAUCAUCUCUGCACUGGACUUCUGUCACAGCCACUCCAUAUGCCAUAGAGACUUGAAGCCAGAGAACCUGCUGCUAGAUGAGAGGAACAACAUCCGUAUUGCAGACUUUGGCAUGGCAUCCCUGCAGGUGGGAGACAGCCUGCUGGAGACCAGCUGCGGAUCUCCACACUAUGCCUGUCCGGAAGUGAUUCGGGGCGAGAAGUAUGAUGGCCGCAAGGCAGAUGUGUGGAGCUGUGGUGUGAUCCUGUUCGCCUUGCUGGUGGGGGCUCUGCCUUUUGAUGAUGACAACCUGCGGCAGUUGCUGGAGAAGGUCAAGCGUGGUGUGUUCCACAUGCCACACUUUAUCCCACCAGACUGCCAGAGUCUCCUGCGUGGCAUGAUUGAGGUGGAUGCAGCUCGGCGCCUCACGCUAGAGCACAUUCAGAAACACAUAUGGUAUAUAGGUGGCAAGAAUGAGCCAGAGCCCGAACAGCCCAUCCCACGCAAGGUGCAGAUCCGCUCACUACCCAGCUUGGAAGACAUUGACCCUGAUGUGUUGGACAGCAUGCACUCACUGGGCUGCUUCCGAGACCGCAACAAGCUGCUGCAGGAUCUGCUAUCUGAGGAGGAGAAUCAGGAAAAGAUGAUUUAUUUCCUCCUCCUGGAUCGGAAAGAACGGUAUCCAAGCCAUGAGGAUGAGGACCUGCCCCCCAGGAAUGAGAUAGACCCUCCCCGGAAGCGUGUGGAUUCCCCGAUGCUGAACCGGCAUGGCAAGCGGCGACCUGAGCGCAAGUCCAUGGAAGUGCUCAGUGUGACAGAUGGUGGCUCCCCAGUGCCUGCACGGAGAGCCAUUGAGAUGGCCCAGCAUGGCCAGAGAUCUCGAUCCAUCAGUGGUGCGUCCUCAGGCCUUUCUACAAGUCCACUCAGCAGUCCUCGGGUGACCCCUCACCCCUCACCAAGGGGUAGUCCCCUUCCUACCCCCAAAGGGACGCCUGUCCACACGCCAAAGGAGAGCCCAGCUGGCACACCCAACCCCACACCACCAUCCAGCCCUAGUGUUGGAGGAGUGCCCUGGCGGACACGACUGAACUCCAUCAAGAACAGCUUCCUGGGCUCACCUCGAUUCCACCGCCGGAAACUCCAAGUUCCCACGCCAGAGGAGAUGUCCAACCUGACCCCAGAAUCCUCUCCAGAGCUGGCCAAGAAAUCGUGGUUCGGGAACUUCAUCAACCUGGAGAAGGAGGAGCAGAUCUUUGUGGUGAUCAAGGACAAGCCCCUGAGCUCCAUCAAGGCUGACAUCGUUCAUGCCUUCCUGUCGAUCCCCAGCCUCAGCCACAGCGUUAUUUCCCAGACAAGCUUCAGGGCUGAAUACAAGGCCACAGGGGGCCCAGCAGUGUUCCAGAAGCCGGUCAAGUUCCAGGUGGACAUCACCUACACUGAGGGCGGAGAGGCCCAGAAGGAGAAUGGCAUCUACUCAGUCACAUUCACUUUACUCUCAGGCCCCAGUCGCCGCUUCAAGAGGGUGGUGGAGACCAUCCAGGCCCAGCUGUUAAGCACCCAUGACCAGCCAUCAGCCCAGCACCUGUCAGACACCACUAACUGUAUGGAAGUGAUGACGGGGCGGCUUUCCAAAUGUGACGAGAAGAACGGGCAGGCGGCCCAGGCCCCCAGCACACCCGCCAAGCGGAGUGCCCACGGCCCCCUGGGUGACUCCGCGGCCGCUGGCCCUGGAGGGGACACCGAGUACCCGAUGGGCAAGGACAUGGCCAAGAUGGGGCCGCCCGCCGCCCGCCGUGAGCAGCCUUAGACACUAGUCCCUCCCCAGCACAGCACAGCACAGCACAACACAGCACUGACUGUGGCCUUCUGCCGCCCUGUGUGGACAAGGCCCCACCUGCCUGCCCAGACCUUGUCUCAAGCCUGGGAGGAAAGUAGAGUGGCCAGGGCGCGGCCCGCAGGCUGGGCUGCUGGGCUUGCUCUCUUUUCUCUCUUGCGGUCUCUGUCUCUGCCUGUCUCUGACAGCAUCGCUUGUUUCCGCUCUGAUACCAGGAAUUAUCCCGAAAAGUUAACAUGUCACCUCCACGAGGCCAUCCUCUGUGCUGCGUGUGGACACUGGCUGACCGAAGGCAGCUGCUGCGGACCACCCUCCUCCUGCUGCUGCUGCUGGGCAGAGAGGCUAGCCCACUAUCCACCACCUCUGCCUGUCCCCUGGCAGCUCCGCAUGGCCCAAGGGAGGAGGGCCUGCCGCCCAGGGGUUCCUCUUCUCGCCCAGCCACCCUGGAUCCCAGUGACCAGAUCCUCAGCAGGGACAACCUGUCCACCAUCUUCCAGGGUAGGGGACCAUGGUGGGUGAAGCAGUGGGAAUGGAUUGUCCUCCACGCCGCAUCUGGAGGCCUCCUGGGCCACUCACCUCGCCUUUUCCACAUGUUGGCCUCGCAGGGCCACCUCUUCUCAUCUGCAUCCAUUGCUCCACCUUGCCAGGCUGCAGAGCUCCAGCUGUGAUGGUUCUCAUGGGCUGAAGUGGAGAUAAAAGACCUGGGUGCUCCAGAGCUGCCAGGGAGCUGGGCUGAGACCAGUAUUAUUUAUUUGCUGUUUUAAUUUAUUGAGUUUCUUUAUGUCUCUGUUCUCUGUUCAGGGAAGGAGGAGUAGCAGCAGCAGCACCCUCCUGCCGUCUGUCUGUCUGUUUGUUCUGUCUGUCUGACUUGGGCAGGGUGGGUCCAGAGCCCAGGUUCCCUCUGAGGACAGAGCCGCUGUGGGGCUGGGGACAGUGGAGAGCCAGCCAGUGGAUGCAGCACUGGCAAGCUACUGUAAACUUUAAAAGAAUUCCUGCAAGAUAUUUUUAUAAACUUUCUUUUCUUGGUUGUUUUUGGAAAAGGGUGUGGGGUGGGGCCGCUGGGGCAGAGCUAGAGUUUGUGUUUCGGCUCCUUGCUCUUGGCUAUUUCUAUACACAUAUACAUAUAUAUAUAUAUAUAUAUUUAAAGAACGAUGUGGUUAGCUCUGUCCCGGGUUGUUUUAUUACUACUUAGCAGCAGCUCCAGUUCCACACGAGAGCUCAGGAUCCAGGGCGUCAGCCUGCACUGGUCAGCUGUGCCUGCUGCCCAGAAGCACUGCCCAGUACUUCUCUGCUGCAUCAGGCUGAGGCUGAUCUUGGUUUGGUGUCUGAUUGAGAAGGGGUAGAAGGCCCUGAGCUGGCACCCUACUCACACACAGGAUGGCAGCAGUACCUCGGUUUGUUUGGUUUUUUUUUUUUUAAAUUAAAAUUAAAAAGUUUAAAAAAAAAAUCAAAGCCAGAAAUGGAGUUAGCAGAGUGCUCUGCAGUGGGUUCCUCUUGGAGGUGGCGAGGGCAAGGGGCCCACACCACUGCCUGCUGCCCACCAAAGCCCACAUCACUUCCCUCAUCUUCAGCUUUUGUCUGUGUUCCGUUCUGUCUGGCUGAGCCAGUCCCUCCCAGCUGGCCCAAGGUGCCUGGCAUAGCAGCAGGAGGGGCUGGGGGCAGGUUUCAUGCAUGCCUUUGCUCUUCCCCUCAUGUACAGAUUUUAAUGCUUCUAUUACAUUCAACCACCACAGGCUGGGAUUUCUAUACAUAGAACAAAAUCAAACACCUGUAACAACAGCAAAGCCACGCAGUACAAGUGGGAAGGGGCAUAUCUACGGUGUCAGGAUACUGAAAGCAAUACCUCUCGUUAGCCUUCCUCUUUUGUACUUUGGACACAUGCGGAUUCGCAGACAUCACAAAAAUGGACAAGCCCCAUCUGGUGUAACCCCUGUCAAAUAACUGUGAGCAACUUCAGUUCUGGAACAAUAAAUUCCUUCCAUAAA